GCUCCACUCUGAGGCCACUGUCAUCCCUCCCUGCUCUGACCUGUCUCCCUUCUUGAUCCAGUUCUCUUCAUAUAGCAUGCUCCUGCUCUGUGUUGCCUAAGAGCCACCAGUCCUUGAGAUGGAUAUUGGGGGGCUGACCACGGUGGUUGCAAAUUCCGCUUACAUCAAUGCUCGUGGAAGCAUCGAUGGCUCGAAUUCGGCAGCUGCUCGGGACAAGAAGUACCACUCCCGGCUGAAGCUGCCCCACAUCACGGUGUGUGAGGACCUGCGGGACACCCUGGACUUGUCUUUCCACUCCGUCUGUGUGGAGCAGCCCAUCGGCAAGCGCCUCUUCAGGGAGUUCCUCAACGCAAACAAAGAGUAUGUCGCGUCCUGCCGGUUAUGGAAAGACAUUGAGGACUACGACCUGGCAGAGGAUUCGGAACGGGCCAGUAAAGCCUCCAAGAUCGUGCAGCGGUACAUGGACUCCGGUGCCAAACACUUCUGCCCGUUCCUGUGCGAGGACAUCACAGCCAAGGUGAAGGAAGGCCAGGAGGCUGUAGGGGACGACCUGUUCGCUGCAGCGUUGGCUUCCACGCUGGACUACCUGCGAGAGGCCCCCUACACCUUCUUCUUAGAGAGCAUGUACUUGAAGAGGCUUUUGCAGUGGAAGUGGCUGGAGAUGCAGCCCAUGGACACAGACUGGUUCCUGGAUUUCCGUGUGCUGGGCAAAGGGGGGUUCGGGGAGGUGUCGGCGUGUCAAAUGAAAGCCACCGGAAAACUUUACGCCUGUAAGAAGCUCAACAAGAAGAGGCUGAAAAAGAGGAAAGGUUAUGAGGGGGCGAUGGUGGAAAAGCAGAUUCUGGAGAAGGUCCACAGUCGCUUCAUUGUGUCUCUGGCGUACGCUUUCCAGACAAAGGAGGAGCUUUGUCUGGUCAUGACCAUCAUGAAUGGAGGAGAUCUCAAGUACCACAUCUAUCUGGUGGAUGAGAACAACCCGGGGUUCGACGAAGCUCGCGCUUGUUUCUACACGGCUCAGAUCAUUCAAGGUCUGGAGCACCUCCACCAGAAGAGGAUCAUCUACCGCGACCUCAAACCGGAGAACGUGCUGCUGGAUAAUGACGGCAACGUGCGAAUCUCUGACCUGGGUCUGGCUGUGCAGCUGAAGGAGGGGAAAACCAUGACCAAAGGCUACGCUGGCACCCCAGGGUACAUGCCUCCAGAGAUGCUGAAAGGAGACAAGUAUGACACGUCGGUCGACUACUUCACGCUGGGGGUGACGCUCUAUGAGUUCAUCGCUGCGAAAAACCCCUUCAGGAACCGAGGAGAGAAGGUGGAGCGUGAAGAGAUGAAGGAGCGGAUGCUGACUCGGGUGGCGGUGUACUCAGAGAGCUUCAGCGAGAACGCCAAGUCCCUCUGUGACGGACUGCUGGCCAAAGAGGUGGACAAGAGGCUCAGCUUUAGGGACGGGAACUGCGACGAGAUCAGAGCUCAUCCGUUCUUCAGCAACAUCAACUGGAGGAAACUCAACGCAGGGAUCCUUCCCCCUCCGUUCGUGCCAGACCCCAGAGUGGUCUACGCCAAGAGCCUGGAUGACGUGGGAGCGUUCUCCUCGGUGAAGGGCGUGACCUUGGAGGAUCCCGACAAGACCUUUUUCGACGACUUCGCAUCAGGCAACAUCUCCAUCCCGUGGCAGGAGGAGAUGAUUGAAAUGGGCAUCUAUGGGGAGCUCAACCUUUGGGGCCCUGAAGGCACCGUGCCCAACGACCUGCGCAGGGAGUCCAUCCUGGAGCAGCCCAAGUCCUCCACCUGCUCUGUGUCCUAGAGUCUGUGAAACACGUUGGUGACGGUGGACUUCUGUCAAAAGUGCAAUAGAUGCAGUUGAGUUUAGGUGUCGACUUGUUCUUGAUGCACUAGGCACAAGUUACUGACCCUGUGACCCGACCCCACUAGUCUGACCAGUAAUGCACCAGUAAUGCUGCGGGUGAGUCGUCUACAGCAGUCAUGCAAAUGUGUUUAUUCAUCGUUGUUAGUGAACGUUGUGGAUUUUUACAUAUGCAGCACAUUACUUGAAAAAUAAUGAAGUCCCUAAAGAUUAUUGCUAAUAAAAUAGUGGAAAAUGAACUGAUCAUUUCUGUGUUUCUU